GCUUAUUUUAUUCUUUAGAUAUUUAAAGAGGAAAGAUGCAACUAACGAUCUGAACACAACAAUUGAGGUCAUUGCUUGUGCAUAACAAGUACCUUUAUUGGGACUCUUUAGUGUGCUAGAAUUUCUUUUGCUGUCUUGGUUACAUUUGUUGUUUGCAGACUGGUGAUUUGGAGGGAAUUGAAAAGUACAACAAAAGGACUGUCAAGGUAACCAAGCAACAUAUUGAAGAUUGUAAACGUCUCUUAAGACUAAUGGGUGUGCCUACUAUUGAGGCACCCUGUGAAGCAGAAGCUCAAUGCACAGCUCUUUUCAAAAGUGACAAGGUGUUUGCGGUUGCCUCAGAAAACAUGGAUACUUUAACUUUUGGGGUACCAAGGUUUCUCCAUCAUUUAAUGGAUCCUAGUUCCAAAAAAAUCUCUAUGAUGGAAUUUGACGUUUCAAAGGUUCUUGAAGAGCUAAGACUCACUAUGGAUCAGCUCAUUGAUUUGUGUAUUCUCUCUGGAUGUGAUUAUUGUAAUAACAUUAAAGGUCGGGCAAUUCAUGAGGCUUGAGUUUUUUUGAUGCAAGAAGU